UAAUAGAUAAGCAUGAAUAAUAGAUACGUAUGUGUUGUGAUUAGACAAUUACAGUUUAUCAUUCAGUUGUGUUGAACAAACAGGAUAUUGUAAUACUGUUUAGAAGAAAAAAUACAAUUUAAUUAUAUACGUGUAUCACUAACUGUCACAUUAUCUACAAUGUAGCUCAAAUUUGGCUUGAAUGUGGGAAUGAAGAUGGAGAAUGUGGUCAUUUUGGCAAAGCAGUUUUUUUAUACCCCUUUGAGAUGCCUAACCCAUGAAACUAAACUUAAACUGUUUCAGAGAAAAUGUUAGAUAUGCCAAAAUGUUAGAUGUGUGAAUUCUAAUAUACCACCACUUUUACAUGGAUUUGAUAAAUACAGUCUUCAAAAGACUUUUAGACUGACUUUUUUGUGAUGAUUUAAUUCUGCACUAUAUAUUAUCACACUCUUGGUCACAUUAAAUGUAUUAACAAGUGUUAAAGAAACACAAUCUGUGGUGUAAGGCUUUGUGAAAGCAGUGUUUUACCUCAAACACAGGAUGUGAUCCCAGUGCCCCUGGUUGCUUGAAUGCAGUUAUUGUUGUAGUGCAGAGGAAGGAACUUAUCAGGAGUUUCCUUCAAAAGAGGAAAGUGCAGCCUUCCUUUCUGGAGAGGCAAACAUUUUUUGCUGAAAGAGGGACACAGGAGAAGAAAGAGUUCAGCACAGUUCCUCUGUGUAAGUUACUGGAUUACAUGCAGUUUGCCUCUGUUGGACUUCCAUUUUAGAAGAUAAUUGCUGAAGAUCAGUUUCUUAGGUUGGCUCUGAGCACCUUCUCCAGAAUGACCACCAACUCCUCUGAUGAGUUUUUCCAGGCCACAAAUCAUGCAGAACAGACUUUCCGUAAGAUGGAGACCUACCUCCAGCACAAGCAGCUGUGUGAUGUCCUCUUGAUAGCAGGGGAUCAUAAGAUACCCGCUCACAGACUGGUCCUGAGUGCCGUGUCGGACUACUUUGCUGCUAUGUUCACCAGCGACGUGAGAGAGGCAAAGCAGGAGGAGAUCAAAAUGGAGGGAGUCGAUCCAGAGGCCCUCAGAUCCCUGGUUCAUUUUGCCUACACCGGCGUCCUUGAGCUGAAAGAGGAGACCAUUGAGAGUUUAUUGGCGGCAGCUUGCCUCCUCCAGCUUUCACAAGUCAUCCAGGUUUGCUGUAACUUCUUGAUGAAACAGCUGCAUCCUUCCAAUUGCCUGGGAAUACGCUCCUUUGCAGACGCCCAAGGCUGCGUGGACCUGCUCAAUGUGGCUCAUAACUACACCAUGGAACACUUCCUGGAGGUCAUUCAGAACCAGGAGUUCUUGCUGCUCCCCACGGCUGAGAUUGUUAAGCUGCUUUCGAGCGAUGAAAUCAACGUCCCCGAUGAGGAGACCAUCUUCCAGGCUUUGAUGAUGUGGGUGCGGUACGACGUCCAGCAUCGACAACAGGACCUUGGGGUGCUUCUCGCCUUGAUCCGCCUGCCUCUUCUUCCUCCACAGCUCCUUGCCGAUCUGGAAAACAACAAGAUGUUCUCCGAUGAUCUGGAAUGCCAAAAGCUGCUGAUGGAGGCCAUGAAGUACCAUCUUCUGCCUGAGAGACGUCCCAUGUUUCAGAGCCCAAGAACCAAACCUAGAAAGUCUACUGUGGGCGCACUUUAUGCUGUAGGAGGGAUGGAUGCUACCAAAGGAUCCACCACUCUAGAGAAGUACGACCUGCGGACUAACACUUGGGUCCAGGUUGGAGCCAUGAACGGACGCAGGCUGCAGUUUGGUGUCGCAGUUAUAGACAACAAGCUCUAUGUGGUCGGAGGGAGAGAUGGACUCAAGACAUCCAACAUGGUGGAGUGUUACAAUCCGAUCAAUAAAGUGUGGUCUACUAUGCCUCCCAUGUCAACACACAGGCAUGGCCUUGGUAUUGCUGUGCUGGAGGGCCCAAUGUAUGCUGUGGGAGGCCACGACGGCUGGAGCUACCUCAACACAGUGGAACGCUGGGACCCGCAGGCCAGACAGUGGAACUAUGUGGCGAGUAUGUCAACACCACGGAGCACCAUGGGAGUCACAGCGCUCAAUGGAAAAUUGUUUGCAGUCGGCGGUCGAGACGGCAGCUCAUGUCUGAGGUCAAUGGAGUGCUUCGAUCCGCACACCAACAAGUGGAGCAUGUGUACUCCCAUGGCCAAGAGGCGAGGAGGAGUGGGUGUGGCGACGUACAACAACUUCCUGUAUGCUGUAGGCGGCCACGACGCGCCAGCUUCCAACCACUGUUCUAGACUCUCCGAUUGUGUUGAAAGGUAUGACCCAAAGACGGACACAUGGACCACAGUGUCCUCCCUCAGUGUUCCCCGGGACGCAGUGGGUGUUUGCCUGCUGGGUGACAGGCUUUAUGCUGUAGGUGGAUACGAUGGCCAGACAUAUCUGAACACUGUCGAGUCCUACGAUGCGCAGAACAAUGAGUGGACUGAGGAGGUCCCUCUCAACAUUGGCAGGGCAGGCGCCUGCGUGGUGGUGGUGAAAUUGCCUUGAGCGUUUUGUCUCACGACAGCAUGGGAAACAAAUGAAAGAGCGGCGAAGAAGAGUGGACAAACAAAACAACGGAUCAAGGACACAUCCUUCGAGAGUCAUGUUUUAUUUUUUUUUCCUUCUUUAAAAUCGGCUUUCCAUAUUUUUCUGAAGGAAGCACAGACAGAGCCUUGCCCAUAAGCCAUUGUUUCUAUCAUUAGUGGACAUGCCUGUCAACUGGGGAGGACUAGUUCAGAAACUGGAAUGCACUGCACAUUCUCCACAUUCUCAAGCGAUCAAGAAUUUUCAUAGACUUGGGCAGAGCUGUAGCAAGUGCCAAGCCUUUGUUGUACUGCUUUGUUAUGAUAGUUUUUUGAAACAUUCUGUGUACGUCUGUAAAAAUUAAAUGUGAAAGCAACAUUUCGAGCAAAUAAGCCUGCAGGUUAGUUUACAUCUAUACAGAGACUUUUCUUAUCAGUGCCAUCACAUACAGUACAGUAUAUUUUGGGGUUUAUAUUUCACUUUAUAGCUACUCAAAUUAAAGUUCUUAUGAUACAUAAAUGUAACGUUGUUCCUGUGUCUUUCCUUCGUGGGUGGUCUGAAAAGAUUCUUACUCUUUGGGGAAGAAGACCACUUUGAACAUGAGUUUGAAGUACAGGAAUGAAAUCCAACUUUUUGGUGAAAAAUAUAUUUGGACAUUUUCUUUUUUUAUUGAGCCUGUAGCUACAAAACACCAAAGUCAUUUGCUUGUCUUAGAAGUCGUGUUACGCAUUGUAUAAAAGUUUACAAAAUGGUGAAUUACAGAAAAUAUAUCAUAUUGAUAUUUCACAUUGCUGUAGAUUUUUGUGAACUUUCUGAAACUAUAUUUGUGUCGAUAGAAUCAUACCUAAACCAGUGCACUCUGGUGACUACAGUUGUUAUUAUUAUUAUUAUUAUUUUGUCUUUAUUUCUGUGCAUGCUGACUGAGCGAAUGUUUUGAGUUAUACAAUAUUCUAUAUCAACAUCACUGUCUGUUCUGUACUGUCUAGGGUCAUGUAGAUGAUGUUGUACCUUCACAACACAACCAUUAGAACAACACACAAAUAACAGCAAACUAUGGCUGAGUGACACCAGGUGCAUCCAAACCAGCAUUCUGAGUCUCAUGCAUUCGGGACACUUGAUUUCCACAGAACUUCACUAAUGUGACUUUGAUUCAAAUGUUUAGGUUCGUAGUUGGUUGUUCUGCUCAUAAAAGUUGAAACACUAUUAACUUUAUCACAAUGGCAACUGUAAUUAUAACAUGUUUUUGGGUCCAAAUGUUAGUUUUUAAUCAUGAUUUUGUACAGCAUGCAAAACUAUAAAUACAAUGACUUCAGUCUUCUCUGCAUGUUCAAAUCCAUGUUUAGAGCUGAAUGUGGCCCCUCAGCGGGCGGGUUUUGAUUUCUCUUGUUCUGCUUUGAGUAAACUAAACUGAUUCUUUAACUAAACAGACUUGGAAGCUUCUUUGAAGUCGUCAUUAACCUCAGCAUUCUUCUCAUUGCAGAAUUGACGUUUUUUUUUUUUUAAAUCAAGGGCAUGUUUGUUGAUAUCACUCGACAGACUGAGGACCAACUGCCAUUGCUUGCCUUCGUUUUUUCAUUGUUUAUCCUCAAAAUAGUUUCAAGGUCCCCCCAACCUCCUCGCUCUUGUUUGGUUAGAUUUUGAUGAAUACAAAAUACUGGCUUAUGUGUUCACACGCAAAGUUCUAGUUAUUUUCAAAAUACACAACAUAUUACACACCUUCAUCUUUUUCAUUUUGAGGAAUAGCUUUUUUUUUUUUUUUCUUUUACUCAAUCCGUAUCUCCGACCGUGUGAAGAUUAAUCUCCUUCUCCAACUUUCUGUUUCUGUUUAUCUGCAUCUCCUUCUGUCAGAUCAUAUAAUGGAGAUCAAUAAAGGAUAAUAGCUUUCCCCUGAGUUCACCUGUUCAGAGCAUAAUGUUACUGAACACCCUAGCAUGUAGAAUUUACAGUAUAUCUCACUUUAUAUCUGUCGUAUUAAUUCAAAGGCUUAGUGUAAUAUCUGUGGAAAAUAGCUGUGUAUAAUUUGUUGCAAAUGUGCAUCAUUAGAUUAUUCUCCUGACGGUAGCUCAGUUUUGCUCAAUCUCAAAUUCUAUAUCUGUUAGACAGUCUA